UAGCUGGUAAUACUGAUAUUGUUUAUUAGCUGCAUUGGCAACACCCAGUAAGCUGUCAAAUUGUUUCUUCUUUUCUGUCAACCGGAGAGUUAGACAGGUUAUUGAAAAUGGCCAAACGCACGAAGAAGGUUGGAAUUACUGGCAAAUAUGGCACACGUUACGGUGCCUCCCUCCGUAAAAUGGUCAAAAAAAUGGAAGUCACCCAGCACGCAAAAUACACUUGCUCGUUCUGCGGUAAGGAUGCCAUGAAGCGUUCCUGUGUCGGCAUCUGGUCAUGCAAACGCUGUAAGAGGACCGUAGCUGGUGGUGCGUGGGUAUUCUCCACCACUGCUGCCUCCUCCUGCAGGUCCGCAGUCAGAAGAUUGCGUGAGGUCAAGUAAACAUCUGACAUUAGCUUAAGGAAAUAAACAAAAACAUCCAAA